CCAACUGUUGACAAAUAAACUAGUUGACAAUGUUAAUUUCGAGGAUUUGUCUCAUCUUGGUAUUAGGUAUUUGUUUGGAAGGUGCGAAAGAAUCAUAUUUUAGAGGACACGGUCGUCAUGCGGAGGUAGGAGAUUGUCCCCCUAAUAUGCGAGACGAUGGAACAAGUUGUUGGCUAGAUAGCUAUGGGAGAGGUGUGGGUCGAUCGCCAGAUAAAACACCAUGUCCAUCUGGAAUGCGAGAUGACGGUACCAGUUGUUGGAGUGAUGCCCAUAUAUAUGGAAAGGGAUGUUGUUGCACAAUCUUCGGAUGCUGUAACAAAUGUGAGAGUGGUUACCAUGACGAUGGAUGCACGUGUAGAAAAACAGAUGUUGGUAUUAAGGUGACACUGUUCCAACGACAAGGGUGUGGAUCAGACGAAGAGUUGAAUGGACUUCUUUGCUAUCCGAAAUGUAAGGAAGGAUACCAUGCAAGUGGAUGCUGUAUCUGUACCCCAAAUGGUGGUCCAGGUAUACGCAAAACAUUUAUACAAAGGCUUAAAUGUCAUGCUGACGAAGACAGAUAUCUUAGUCAAGAGUGUUACCCCAAAUGUAAAGCUGGUUAUAGCCCUAACGCAAGCAGAUGUUAUAAAAACAAAUGAACAGGCAAUGCAUACUAAAAUCGUCACACAAAACUUUCACCAGCUUUUCCUUUGAGUUCAAAAAUAGAAAUGAUGAAAAUAUAAAACUUUUAAUUACAAUGUCAUU